AUGUCUAAAUAUUUCAAUAGUGAUAUUACUUGUAUUUUGUCGGCGACAAUGUUCAGAAGUGGUAUACAGGAUUUUAGCAACGAAGACGGAGCUGGUGGAUCUUCCUCGAAUAAUCUCAAUGGCUGCACUGUUUGUAAAAGAACUUUUACUAAUUCCAACGAGAUUAUUCACCAUACAUGUUUACCGACUGGACGUAUGCAGAUUCACUCCGGCGAAAGACCUUACUCUUGUAAUGAAUGUCCACGAGCCUACAAAAAUAAAUAUAAUCUUACAUGUCAUAUGCAAACUCACUAUGAUCUCACAUGCGGACUCACUCCGGAGAAAGACCUUACCGCUGCAACGUGUGUUCACAAGCCUUUAGAAAACAAAGUAUUGGCCUUGUCUAUAAGAUUGAUAGUAGGAAAUUGUAGUGCUAAUCCAAAAGAAUUGAUUAUACACUUGGAUUGUAUUUUGUCGGCGACAAUGUUCAGAAGUGGUAUACAGGAUUUUAGCAACGAAGACGGAGCUGGUGGAUCUUCCUCGAAUAAUCUCAAUGGCUGCACUGUUUGUAAAAGAACUUUUACUAAUUCCAACGAGAUUAUUCACCAUACAUGUUUACCGACUGGACGUAUGCAGAUUCACUCCGGCGAAAGACCUUACUCUUGUAAUGAAUGUCCACGAGCCUACAAAAAUAAAUAUAAUCUUACAUGUCAUAUGCAAACUCACUAUGGUGAGAGACCUCAUCAAUGCAACAUGUGCUUCAAAACCUUUCAAUACAAAUGUCAUCUCAGAUCUCACAUGCGGACUCACUCCGGAGAAAGACCUUACCGCUGCAACGUGUGUUCACAAGCCUUUAGAAAACAAAGGUAUCUUACAGUUCAUAUGCAUACUCACUCCAGCGAAAAACCUUAUCACUGCAACGAGUGCUCAAUGACCUUCAAACACAAGGCUAAUCUUACAACUCACAUGCGGACUCACACCGGCGAAACACCUUACCGCUGCAACGUGUGUUCACGAGCCUUCAGUCAAAGAUCUGAUCUCACAACUCACAUGCGCAUUCACUCUGGCGAAAGACCUUACCACUGCAACGUGUGCUUCCAAACCUACCGUACAA